UCCCUGAGGAAACCUCCCUGUGUCACCUCAGUGUCACCUCUGUGUCCCCUCAGUGUGUCCCCUCUGUGUCCCCUCAGUGUCCCACAUUCUCCUGGUGGUCUCUCCUCUCCAUGGCCCCCCUGGCUCACACCCUGGCACUGCUGGCAAUGACCGUGGCCACUGUGGCCAUUGAUGAGAAGCAGAUGGACAUGGCCCCAAACUCCUUUGAUGACCAGUACCGGGGCUGCGGCCCUGACAUGACCACGGUGUUGCCGGCCCUCAACCACUCGGAGUUCCAGAAGAAUCCUGUGUUUGCCGAGGCCUGGCUUAAGGCCGUGGCUGAGUGGCAGAGGAAGGGGUCCCCUGUGUCCCCUCUGUCGUCCUCAGCCCAGGCCAUCGCUGUCAUGGCCUACUCAAUGAAGUACGUCUACAGGCCGUUCAAUGAGGCCGUGCGCCAGGCCGGGAGCUCCCCCCAGGAGUACAGGGACAACUUCCACUUCAAAACGUUGCAUUUCCUUCUGACCCAGGCCCUGGUGAAGCUGAGGGAGGAUCAGAAUGCGCAGUGUCGCAACGUGUUCCGGGGUGUGCAUGACAUCUGCUUCAUGGCGCGGCGUGGCCAGAGGGUCCGGUUUGGUCAUUUCACGUCGACGUCGCUGAGCAGGAAGGUCGCCGAAGACUAUGGGACAGACACAGUAUUCCAGGUGUACACGUGCCACGGUGUGGACAUCCAGGCUUUUUCUUACGAUCGAGGUAAGCGUGAGGUGCUGAUCCCACCAUAUGAAACCUUUGAGGUCACCAAAGUCACCCGGAAAGGGGACAAGGCAGAGAUCGAGCUCAGCUCCACCGGGACCUACAGCAAAUACAACUGCGAGUGGCUGGAAGGUGGGAGCAUCCCCUUGGCCCCCUUCCACCUUGGAGGCCUCGUCCUGGCCACCACAGCACUGGCAGUGGCCACCGGGACCCUCUGAGCCACGAGGCCACCAACGUCACUGCUGUCACUGUGGCCACUGUGGCCAACAUCAUCACCAAGACUCCUUGAGCCACAAGGCUGCCACAGCCACUGCUACCACUGUGGCCACCAAGGCCAUUGUGCAAAGCCAGUCUAU